AUGUCCAAUUUAACGAUAGGAAAUAAACAACCCUCAUCAUCAAAUCUUCCUUCACAAGGACAAUCAAACCAAAACAAUAUGACAACAACACAGAGUAAAUUAAUUAAUUCCUCAUCAUCAGCAGCCAAUGUGAAGGCAUCAUUAGAAAACACAACUGAUAAAUAUCGGAAUGAAAAUCUCAUCAUUGAUCAACAAGAGGAAACAACACAUUCAAAUGGUGGAUUUAUGCGAGUUUUUCAAGAAUUAAAGGACAAGGCUACCAACAUGUUAUUCCAACAUCAAUAUUGGAAUUUAUUUUCUUCGGCAGCAUCGAAUUCAGUUCCAGUCGAAGCCUCUAACAAAUUUGAUUAUUUGGGAGACAAUAACCACCAAAUAAGACCACCUUUUAUUAUUGAAAGAUUUGAUAGACCAAUUAUGAGCGGCGGAAAGAAGGGUGUGCAGAGAAAGACUGUUCCACUCUUACAGUUGGAAAAUUAUUUAAAUAAGUGUUUGGUGAAUCAGGAAAUUGCCAUCAAGACAGUUUGUUUCUGCUUACUUCGUCAGUCUACAAUAUGGUCCUACUCUUAUCAUCAACUCACGAAUGAAAAUCAAUUCAUUUCAAAUAUGGAAGAUAAUCAUCAGAUAAGGAAGCAAACAAAGAUACCACUCUCUUUGUUCUUAAUUGGACCUGUUGGAUGUGGAAAAAUUUAUCUGUCAAAACUCAUUGCCCAAUCACAAAGCAGACCAUUUGUACUCUUAGAUAUGAGCUAUUUUACCGAGGAGGAAGAUUUAUCAAAUCUUGUACAAUUUUCUGAUGAGUAUAGAUAUUCUGAACCUUUCAAUUACAUGCUAGGUCAAUUAAAUGUCAUUCUAGAGACCACUCCAAAUGCUGUAAUUGUAUUCAAUAAUAUGGAGAGUGCCCAUCCAUCUGUAUUCAGAUUUUUACAUCAACUCUUCAGAUCUGGCAUUAUUCUAGAGCAAAAAACGAGAAAGCAAUCAUCCUCACUAGAACCUGGGAAAAAAGAAAAGAAGAAAGAUAACGAGGAUGAUUUGGUGAAAAUAAUAGAUGCCAGCCAGGCCAUAUUUAUUUGCAUUUCUGUAAUAAGUGACCAAGUUGUGAAAAAGAAUAUUCUGGAGAGUGGACCAAAUAAUUUAAUAGAGAAAUACGAAAAGGAGAAAAAGACAAUAGGUAAUUGGGAUAAUGGAUUUGAAGGUUACGAGAAUGAGGAUGCCUAUGAUUAUGAUUUUAAACGAAGAAUGAAUCGUACAAAGGUUGCACCUCCUCCACCUUCUUCAAAGUUUGUUGACCAAGUUACUUCUUCAUACUCAACCAUUGAUGCCUUAGAUAGAGUGAUUGAAUUUAGACAUCAAAUCACACCAAUACUGGUCGAUCAUUUGAAUAAUUCUAACAAAUCGACAGAAGAAAGCAAACAACCAAAAUGCUUUGAUGCAUUCCUCCAUCAAUUUAAUGCUAUUAUACCAUUCUUUGCCUUCUCAGAUAUUGAGCUUUGUAAUCAAAUUGUGACACAAUUGAAUGUCUUUUCAACAUUUGCCUUUACUCAAAAAAGAUUCAAAAUGACAUGGAGUGAGGAUGUUGUGAUAUGGCUCAUGAAGAGAUAUAGACCUUCCCUUACUGUUACAGGUGUGUUAGAAAAUCAUAUUCUUACGCCACUGGCAGCUUCUGAUCACUUGUUUGCGGAGAAUGAUCAUAUCCAUUUGGAGGUGUCUCCUGAGCUGGAUAGGGUUAGUGUUGUUGUUUUGAAUAGAAGAGAUGAUAUUCAACUAAGAAGAAGUUUGAAUGUAAUUCAAUCUAAAUUAUAA